UAAAGAAAGUUACGGCCGGCUUCAUUCUCCGACAACGCAGGGGAGAAGGAGAUGCCAUUUCGCCCUCCUCCUUCCUCCAAUCUCACAAGGAUCUACAGCUUGCACAUCUUCACUCCACGACACUUCCACGACCUUCAAUAUGAAGUCAAAUGUGACUAUUGACUUCCACGUGGCACUUCCUCAUUCGCUGGUGUUUUCCCUCCGACAAAUCAUCCACGUUCACUUGGCUUCUUACAGUCAACUCUUCCUCUAAAACCAUGCAAUAUACAUAAAACCAGACAUCUCUGCAUCUCACUGUCUUCGUGAUCCGUCCCAAUGGCGUCGUCGGCGAGCAUCUUCCUCACUCUCUUCCUCUCCGCUCUUCUUCUCCUGAACUCGCCGUCUCUUUCGCUCGCCGUUGACUCAGAUCUUGAUGAAGACGUCGCUUUCCUCGCUUCCGAGGAAGCCAAGGAACAUGCCCAUGUCCCCUACGGAGAUGACCACGACCAGUUCCAUUACCAAGACUUCGAAAACUACGAAGACUUCGAAUCCGGAGAAGGCGGGUACGAGCACGGCGGAGCGCACGAGGAGGAGCCGCUGUUUCCGGCGGUGGACGAAAAGGACGUGGUGGUGCUGACGAAGGAGAAUUUCACGGGUUUUGUGGGGAACAACAGCUUCGUGAUGGUGGAGUUCUACGCGCCAUGGUGCGGACACUGUCAGGCUUUGGCGCCGGAGUAUGCGGCGGCGGCGACGGAGCUGAAGGGCGUGGCGGCGCUCGCGAAGCUCGACGCGACGGAGGCAGGCGAGCUCGCUCAGAAGUACGAGGUGCAGGGGUUCCCGACAGUGUUUCUGUUUGUUGAUGGAGAAGUACAGAAGACUUAUGAAGGGGAAAGGACCAAGGACGCAAUCGUGACUUGGGUGAAGAAGAAGAUCGGCCCAAGCAUCCAAAACAUUACUACAACCGUUGAGGCAGAACGUGUCUUGUCCGCUGAACCAAAAAUCGUUUUCGGAUUCCUCAACUCGUUAGUGGGUCCGGAAAGUGAAGAGCUUGCAGCUGCUUCCAGGAUGGACGACGAUGUUAGCUUUUACCAAACUACGAGUCCUGAAGUUGCGAAGAUAUUUAAAAUCGAAUCCGAAGCCAAGCGUCCUUCCUUGGUCAUUCUGAAAAAGGAGGAUGAGAAACUCGCCAGUUUCGAUGGAAAUUUCAUUAAGGCAGCUAUAUCAGAGUUUGUGUCAGCAAACAAAGCUCCCUUAGUGAUUAAUUUCACGAGGGAAAGCGCAUCACUCAUCUUCGAAAACCCGAUAAAAAACCAACUCAUUCUAUUUGCUGCUGCAAACGAAACCGAGAAGCUCCUUCCCACUUUCAGGGAGGUGGCAAAGUCCCUUAAGGGAAAGUACGUCUUUGUUUAUGUGCAAAUGGACAAUGAAGAUUAUGGACAAGCUGUUUCUGAUUUCUUCGGUGUUACCGGAACCGCCCCGAGAGUGAUGGUAUACACUGGAAAUGAAGAUACGAGGAAGUUUCUUCUGGAUGGUGAAUUGACACUCGAGAACAUUAAGACAUUUGCAGAAGAUUUCUUAGCUGACAAACUAAAGCCUUUCUACAAGUCAGAUCCCGUGCCCGAGAAAAAUGACGGUGAUGUUAAGAUCGUUGUUGGCAACAACUUUGACGAGAUCGUUCUUGACGAAUCAAAGGACGUUCUUCUCGAGAUAUACGCUCCUUGGUGCGGCCAUUGCCAAGCACUCGAGCCAACUUACAACAAGCUCGGGAAGUAUCUCAGAGGCGUCGAGACACUUGUCAUAGCCAAGAUGGAUGGCACAACCAACGAGCAUCCUCGAGCUAAGGCUGAUGGCUAUCCAACAAUCCUUUUCUUCCCCGCUGGAAACAAGAGCUUCGACCCGAUCACUGUGGAGGCCGACCGAACUGUGGUGGAAAUAUACAAGUUCCUGAAGAAGCAUGCAUCCAUCCCUUUUAAACUCCAGAAGCCGGCAUCCUCCGCUUCUGAACCGGUCAUUGCCAUUGAAGAGCCGAAGAAGGUUUCGUCUGAUGGAAAGGAUGAGUUGUGAUGAUGCCUACUGGGAAACUUGAUAGAUGAACCCUAACGUCCAAAAGGGUUUCCAUUGAUGACAAAAAAAAACGAGUUUUUUUUGUUUGUUGUUGUUGUAACUUUAGAAUUGUUGUAUGCUGUGAUUUGGGGCAAUCGAACAAAGAAGAGAAGCAUGUUUCUGAAGAAUAUGUUCAUUUCAUUUCUUCUAUCCAAGAGAAGCAGUCUCAGUUCUGUCU